CGUCUCUCGCUUUCUCAUGACACGCAGUCGGCGCUGUGUUUGAAAGAGAAACUUUAUUGACACAAUCCUCGUUCACAGUUGACAGGGCUGGAGCAGGGUUGUCCUUCAGUGGAGAUAGCUAAGUAGCUUCCCUCAACCUUUAGUGUUUUUAAACGCGGAAUAACAGUGCGCAAAGGGGAAUAAUGGCGGCAAAGAUUCUGCCUGUGGUGAAACUGGCCACCAAGGUGACCAUUGCAGGAGGAGCCCUGUAUGUGGCCUAUGACUCUGGCCUGUUGGGGAGCAGUGAGCAGGGCUCAGAGGCUCUCGGAAAGGCAAAGGCUGUUAUCCCCCCUGCUAUAGAGGAAUGGAUGAAGUACUUCGGCCUGCAGGCUCAGCUUCCCACCAUUCCCAAGAUUGAAUUCUCCCCUGUUCAGUCAUGGAACUCUGGAGUGCGGUGGACUAUUACAAGUCUUUCGGACGCACCAACAAAAGCCAGUGACUACACAAAUCAGGGAUUGCAGUAUGUUAAAGACCUCACCAAAUGAACAGGAACUUUCUGGACAACCUAAAGUUUAUCAAUCUUUUUGAGUUUUGCACUUAAGAAAUGACAUUACUGCUUCGAAAGUUGUAGCCCCUCACAGGAAAGAAGAAACAACAUGAAACAAUGAAUAGAUGCAAAGAAGUUGUAAAAUUUGGCUAAGAGGAGUGUAGUCCUCUGAAAUGGCACUGUGGUUCUCUAAAUGGACGUGGCAUUUGUUAGGUAUGGUGUAUAUAAUGCUGAAAUGCAUUUUGGGAAAAGUUGUUUCUUUUUGUGUAUAAUACCAACUUUAAUUUUUCAGAUUUGACAGACGGAUAUAUUUUACCUCCCUCUUCUUUCAUCCACUCAGAUGUUAUAAAGAGGAAUGUCUCAUGUAUAUAUGUAGUUUCUCCAUUUGUGACUUAACAAUACACCAAUCUUAAAACGUA